AAACAAAAGAAACACAUCUUCGUCAUUGGAAUGAUCAUGCACAAAUGGGAGAGAUGUACGACCAUAAUGUCUUCGUUUGCUGAUCAGGAGUUGGGCUGUCAACACGUCCUUUGAAGAUACGCUGGUGAAGGGGUGAUAGCCAUAAAGCAAGCUCGGACAGGGUUCGAGCUAGAAGUCUUAGUUUUGAGGUUUUGUAAUAACAAUUUGGAAAUGUGUCAUCAUGUUGUUCUUGAUCGAUGCAACCUGCUUUAAAGAUUUAGUGAAGGGCUAUUACAUGGGCGUGGGUCCUGCAGAUUAAGAGGAUUUCUUCGAAUUGCUUAGCUGGGACAGCAAAGUCAAGAUUUUCAGCCAAGGACUAUAGUGAUCACAUGGCUCUUGUCCGUGCCUAUGAAGGUUGGAAAGAUGCUGAAAGAGAAGGUUCUGCAUAUGAAUAUUGUUGGAGAAACUUCCUUUCUGCUCAAACACUUCAAGCCAUUCAUUCUCUUCGUAAGCAAUUUUCCUUCAUCUUGAGAGAUGCCAGCUUGCUUGAAGAAGAAAAUGCAGCUAAUAAUAAGUUUAGUCACAAUCAAUCAUUAGUCCGUGCAGUCAUAUGCUCUGGUUUAUAUCCUGGAAUUGCAUCUGCAGUACACAGAGAGACAUCAAUGUCUUUCAAGACAAUGGAUGAUGGUCAAGUUUUACUUUAUGCUAAUUCUGUGAAUGCACGCUAUCAAACAGUUCCAUAUCCUUGGUUAGUGUUUGGUGAAAAGGUGAAAGUCAAUACCGUCUUCAUACGUGAUUCAACUGGAGUAUCUGAUUCUAUUUUGAUCCUUUUUGGGGGUAAUCUUAACUUCGGCACUACGGCCGGGCACUUGAAAAUGCUAAAUGGUUAUCUAGAAUUCUUCAUGGAUCCCAGUUUGGCUGAGUGUUUCAUGAACCUCAAAGUGCAGCUUGAUGAGCUUAUACAAAAGAAGAGAAGGGGUAGGGCGGGUCGUGUGCAGCCUGGCGAGUGCUACCACUUAUAUCCACGAUGUGUUUAUGAAGCUUUUGCUGAGUAUCAAUUACCUGAACUUCUAAGAACUCCUCUAAAUUCACUUUGCCUGCAAAUAAAGAGUUUGCAAGUUGGAAUUAUUGCUGAAUUUCUGUCUGCGGCUCUUCAACCACCAGAGCCAUUGGCUGUGCAAAAUGCUAUUGAGUUUUUGAAGAUGAUUGGUGCAUUAGAUGAACACGAAAAUCUUACGCAUCUCGGAAAAUAUUUAUCGGUGCUUCCUGUGGACCCCAAGCUGGGGAAAAUGCUAGUAAUGGGUGCUAUUUUCUGUUGCUUUGAUCCCAUAUUGACCAUUGUUGCUGGCCUCAGUGUCAGGGAUCCUUUUCUUUUGCCUCAGGAUAAGAAGGAUUUAGCUGGGACAGCAAAGUCAAGAUUUUCAGCCAAGGACUAUAGUGAUCACAUGGCUCUUGUCCGUGCCUAUGAAGGUUGGAAAGAUGCUGAAAGAGAAGGUUCUGCAUAUGAAUAUUGUUGGAGAAACUUCCUUUCUGCUCAAACACUUCAAGCCAUUCACUCUCUUCGUAAGCAAUUUUCCUUCAUCUUGAGAGAUGCCAGCUUGCUUGAAGAAGAAAAUGCAGUUAAUAAUAAGUUUAGUCACAAUCAAUCAUUAGUCCGUGCAGUCAUAUGCUCUGGUUUAUAUCCUGGAAUUGCAUCUGCAGUACACAGAGAGACAUCAAUGUCUUUCAAGACAAUGGAUGAUGGUCAAGUUUUACUUUAUGCUAAUUCUGUGAAUGCGCGCUAUCAAACAAUUCCAUAUCCUUGGUUAGUGUUUGGUGAAAAGGUGAAGGUCAAUACCGUCUUCAUACGUGAUUCAACUGGAGUAUCUGACUCUAUUUUGAUCCUUUUUGGGGGUAAUCUUAACUUCGGCACUACGGCCGGGCACUUGAAAAUGCUAAAUGGUUAUCUAGAAUUCUUCAUGGAUCCCAGUUUGGCUGAGUGUUUCAUGAACCUCAAAGUGCAGCUUGAUGAGCUUAUACAAAAGAAGCUUGAGGAUCCUGGAAAGGAUAUGCACAAGGAAGGUAAAUACCUAAUGCUGGCGGUUCAGCAACUGGUUUCAGGGGAUCAAUGUGAAGGACGAUUCGUGUUUGGCCGAGAGAGCAAGAAGCCCAAGGAGUCCAGUAACAAUGACAANAUGAAUUCAGGGCACUUGUAGAGUUCAAGGGAAUGCAGUUUGUGGGUAAACCAAAGAGAAACAAAGCUCUUGCUGAGAAAGAUGCUGCAAUUGAGGCACUGGCGUGGUUAACUCAAACUAAAGAUAAUAAUGGUGAAGACAAUAGUUCCCUUCCAGAUGUUACUGACAACAUGCUGAAACUUCUUCUUAGUAAGCGCCGGGCAUCAAAAAGACGCUCAAGAUGACAUGUUUUUGGGUACAGACUGACUAAUGUACUCUGUUGCAAUGUGCCUUGGGAUUACCACUGAUUGAUAUGAUGCUUCGUCUGUGACCGGUAUGGCAGGCCAAUUGAUAUCUAUGAUGCUCAGAAUGACAUGUUAAAUCGUACUAGGACAUUAUUUUACAGUUAGUUUUUUUUGCAGGCUGCCAGUGUGAUGUUUAAAACUGAAAUUGAACAUUCUGUAAGAGGAACACUAGUUGGUUUUAUGCUUAGAGUAUAUAAUGAAAGAGGAUUCCAGCA